GAUCGCGACAGUUACCUGCGCAAUCCUAGUAGCACGCAAACUGGCGCCAUCAUGGCCGACAAGGCUUAUGCCUCGACGAGUGGGGGAAAAGUCAACGUUCCGUUGGAUUCGUACAACCGAGCACUGCGCAAGGGGCGGCACCCUCGGUCCUUUGGCCGAGAUGACACAUCCACCCUGUGGAACGCGCUAAAGACAUCGUCGGACCGCGUCUCAAACGUUCGCUUCGGCCAAACUUUGGGCUCAGUCGUGGACAAAGAAGCGGUGCCGCCGCCUUCGUCACCUGUAAUGUUGUCUCGAGUGGAUUCCAUUGCUGCACCGUCCCGCGAUGGGCGAGAUGAAGGCAGUCCAGUUGGCCGCCAGAGCUUUUCCCGACUUCGAGGCAAGGCACCAGCGUUGGCGCUAGGGAUGGCUGGCUCGUCGUCGCCCGAGAAACGCGACGCCCUUCGUCGUGGCAAGAAAAAGCACCAUCACAACGGAAGCACGGACGAUGUGUUGUGCCGCCUCCAAGCCCUGGGGACCACGUCGUCACCGACUCUGUCGGUGCCGGUCGCUGCCACCAACGCCCCCGGCCAGCCCCCGCCUGCGUCUACAUCAUCCUCCUCGACGUCCAACGACAUUGACACGGCCAAACUCCGCAACGACUUUAGUGCCCAGAGCGACGCUCGAAUUUACUUUGGUAGCACCGUGGCGCUGGAGCUGUUCAACGGGGAUAUGAUGAUGGUGUCGGUAGCUGACAGUUCUGUGGUCGUGCAUCCACUGGAACACAUCAAGCACCAAGCUAAGGGCGCGAGGGACAAACUCCUCUUUACGCUAGUCAAUCUACACGAGUUGCGAAGCGCCAACGCCAUCAAGUACGGCGACAGCGUGUGGCUGCAGCUGAGUGUCGGGACGGGCGAAACGUCGUGGGAACAAGGGGGGGUGCUAGGGGCCAAGGUGCGCAAGGCCCCCGAACUGAACGCGCUCACUCUGUCGCAAAAACGGUCGUCCAACCCCCUGGAUCCGAGUGACAACAAAGACAAUUGCGGCCAAGACCCCGAUGUGCUCAUCAACGUCGGGUUCCCCGUACCAGUCAAAGCGUACCUGCCCAAGACUCGAGAUGACACGACUGAUUCCCAGAUUGACGACAUGCAAGCGCGACUGCGCAACAAGUCUUCAAGGAUGCUUGGUCGAUGGAUCAUGCGGUCCGCUGUCGCGAAUGCAAAUGCCAAAGACGGCUACGUGUACAACAAUCACGAAAUCUACUUGGAGCAAGAUUGGUUUUACCUGGGGGCUGACUCUGAUCCACUCACGCGGGGACAUGUGGCGGUGCUCCGACAGCUGCCCCCUCCCAAGAACCACAAGCCGGGGGAGUACAUCAUCGAGCGGCGGACGGCGUGGAAGGUGCGCCUUGUGGAUUCGUCCAACGGCGGGCUCGGGCUCAGCCUCGUGCAGCAGCAGAUGGAGCGCUUGCUGUUCAAAGCCAAGACGCAGCUCAAGGCGUCCGAACGCAUGCGUGACGGCGAGUCGAGGUGCUACGGCAACGGGCUGCAAGGGGGCCAGAACUUUCCAAGGCAGAUGCGACAGCACAUCCAAACCAUCACGACCACCAGCGACCAAGCGUACAUUGGGCUACAGCACGAUCGAGUGAGCAACUUGAAUGCGUAUUUUGAGACGAAAAUGGCCGCCAUGGACGACACAACAGCAGGACAGCGGAGAGGGAAGAAACACCAGUUGUCUCCUUUAGGUCACUCCAGUGUCCGACCGCUGCGGUCAAGCGUGUCAGCAUUGUCUGUAGACAGCGGCGGCGGCGGGUCGGUUCUGCAAGGCGCCCGCUCUAUGACAUCCUUGACAUCGUCGUCGUCGUCAUCGUCGUCGGUGCAAGUAUGCAACUUGUGUGUGUCGAAUCGGCGGUUCGACCUGUGCACCCACGACCACGACGUGUCGCGGUUGCUGUCCACGGGCGCGCCCCUAGUGUCGAGCCCUUCCGCCGGCAGCUCGAUGCAUUCUAGAAGCGCGUCUGACCGAUCUUUGCUGUCCACGGCCGACCAACUGACACGGGCGAAACAGAGCGAGGCCGCAGAUAUGCGAGAACGCGAUAGAAUCAUGCGGAUGCUGGGGGACCAAGAUGCCCGGCUUGUGGGUGUGAUCCGAACCACCGAGCACCAGGCGGCGAUGGCGGCGAUCCAGAGGCGGACACACCACGACUUCUCGGAGGACGACGUGCCUCACUUCACCAGCACCGUGUCCAUGCGGCACAAACGGCACGCGCCACCUCCGCCCGAAGAUGGGGUGCCCAUCUCCGCUAACCAUCCAUUGGGUUUGACAUGUGUGAGUGUGUGUAGCUACCCGACAUUGACGAACUUCGGCGACAUCUCUCGGAAUCAAAGCCAAAAGGGUUGUUUGCCGAUGACGAAGAAGAUGACAAUGGUGGUGUCAGUGGCGCGGACAACAGUUGUGACGACGAUGUCGAUGGCGAUGAAGGCCAAGACCAAGACAAUGGUGGUGACGACGGCCGAGACAGCGAUGCGUCCAGUGAUACGGACGACGACUUCAUCACGGACGCCGAGAUCCAAACCCUCGAGUUUGUCAACGUGGACAAGGCCAGCAUGCUGUACGGGAACGACGAGAAGGCGCUACUGGAAAUGCUGGUCGGGUUUGCAGACUUGGCGCUGCAUCGCGUGGUGCCGCAGCUCAGAGAAGCGCUCAGCAGCCACAACAAGGCCAGCUUGCUUGAGACCGCCGAUUUUCUCGCACGGGCAGCAGAGUUUGUCGUGGCAAGACGCAUUCAAGUGCACGUCAUGGGGCUCAUUCAGAGUGUGGCGACAAGCAACGUGGACGACUUCUCAGGCAUCGAACCAACCCUCGACCGACUCAUCAAGGAAGUCGAGGGUACCGCGCGGUUCGUCGAGAAGUUCAAAGCCAAACAGCAGCAGCCGCCGCUUGCUGCAGCCAGCUGCAGCUCCAACGACGUGAUUGAAGAAGUCAACGACCCACAUUCCAGUGAAUAAAAACAACACGUCAUAUUAUUAAACGCCA